AUGGUUCAAAAUGUCUUUAUAGUAGCUGCCAAAAGAACGGCAUUCGGAGCCUUCGGCGGUUCUCUAAAAGGAUUUACAGCCACGGAAUUAGGUUCCUUUGCUGCGAAAGCCGCAAUACAAAGUCUUAACAAAACCGUCCCCAUUGAUUCGGUGAUAUUCGGGAAC